AUGAACCCAACUCAAGAAAUGGACUCUUCAAGCGCAGAAAUCACCACUUUCACCGUUAACACCCCACCCAGCAAUAACUCAAUGGUGGGUUCACCUUCAGGUUCCUCCACAGCCGCGGCAUCUCCAACAACACUAAGCCGAUACGAGAACCAGAAGCGCCGGGACUGGAACACCUUUGGCCAGUACCUUCGAAACCACAGGCCACCUCUCUCCCUCUCUCACUGCAGUGGCGCCCAUGUCCUUGAAUUCCUCAGAUACUUAGAUCAGUUCGGAAAAACUAAGGUUCACACUCAGCUGUGUCCCUUCUUUGGGCACCCAGACCCGCCUGCACCAUGCCCUUGCCCCUUGCGCCAAGCCUGGGGAAGCCUUGAUGCCCUUAUAGGCCGUCUCCGGGCCGCCUAUGAAGAAAAUGGAGGCAAGCCUGAAGCAAACCCUUUUGGGGCCCGGGCAGUGAGGCUUUAUUUACGUGAAAUUCGUGAUUCGCAGUCAAAAGCUCGGGGAAUCAGCUACGAGAAGAAGAAGCGAAAGAGGCCAUUGCCACAGCAGCAUCAGGCUUUACCACCACCAAAUUCAAGCUAA